GAAUUUCCUAAUUAAAACCCCCCACUUUCCCUGCUCUUCCAGGUGACCGCCAUUCAGGCAAGAAUCAGGGUCAUGCAAAACAUUGAUUCAAAUUCUCUUUUAAUUUCAGCGUUAUUUUGAAUUUAUUUUUGAAGUAAUUUGAGGAACCCUAGUUUACCCAACUUGAAAGAUAUUUUCAUGCAAGAAGGUCAAAUUUCUUUUCCUACGAAACUUAAAUGAAAAGUUCAAGCUUGUGAACAGUUGAUUUCCAGUAAGGAGAUUUUGGAUUGAAUUCGUGGCGAGUGAAACUCGUGGGACGACGCCGUUGUUGUUCUUGGUCAACAAAUUUUGUGGUGCCGAAUGUUGUAAAGCACAGAAACCAUGGGAGAUGGCAAUAACACCUCAGGCAGAGGCAUUGGAGCCAAUAAUACUUCAUCCAGCAACAGUGAGAAGCCGGAGUGGUUGCAACAAUACAAUCUGCUCGGCAAAAUUGGUGAAGGUACUUAUGGUCUCGUGUUUCUUGCAAGAAUCAAGUCAGCGACAAAUCGUGGAAAAUGCAUUGCUAUAAAGAAGUUCAAACAGUCUAAGGAUGGGGAUGGUGUCUCCCCUACUGCUAUCCGAGAAAUCAUGUUGCUUCGGGAGAUUUCUCAUGAGAAUGUUGUGAAGCUUGUUAAUGUGCACAUUAAUCAUGCGGAUAUGUCGUUGUACUUGGCUUUCGAUUAUGCUGAAUAUGACCUCUAUGAAAUCAUUAAGCACCAUAGGGACAAAGUUAAUCAUACCAUGAACCAAUACACUGUUAAGUCAUUGCUUUGGCAGCUGCUUAAUGGAUUGAACUAUCUUCAUAGCAACUGGAUCAUACAUCGAGAUCUAAAGCCGUCAAAUAUAUUGGUUAUGGGUGAUGGUGAUGAACAUGGGGUUGUCAAAAUUGCUGAUUUUGGACUUGCUAGGAUUUAUCAAGCUCCAUUAAAGCCAUUAUUUGAAAAUGGUGUGGUUGUAACUAUUUGGUACCGUGCACCUGAAUUGCUUCUUGGUGCCAAGCACUAUACCAGUGCAGUUGAUAUGUGGGCUGUUGGGUGUAUUUUUGCCGAGCUUUUGACUUUGAAGCCACUUUUUCAAGGUGCGGAAGCUAAAUCUACACCAAAUCCUUUUCAACUCGACCAGCUGGACAAGAUAUUUAAGAUCUUAGGCCAUCCCACCUUGGAAAAGUGGCCUACACUUGCAAGUCUUCCACAUUGGCAAUCGGAUGUACAACACAUUCAAACACACAAGUACGAAAAUGCUGGACUUCAUAGUGUUGUUCAUCUUUCUCCGAAGAGUCCUGCAUUUGACUUGUUAUCUAAGAUGCUUGAAUAUGAUCCUCGUAAGCGUAUAACAGCUGCACAGGCCUUAGAGCAUGAGUACUUCAAAAUGGAGCCCUUACCAGGUCGCAAUGCACUGGUACCGAGCCAACCAGGAGAGAAAAUAAUCAAUUAUCCUACUCGUCCGGUGGACCAGAACACUGAUUUCGAAGGGACAGCUAGCAUUCAGCAACCCCCGCAAUCCGUGUCAUCUGGGAAUGUAGCUGGAGGCAUGGGUGCUCACCUAGGGAGAAAUGGAUCCGUUAAUCGGCCCAUGCCACCUCCUAUGCAAAGAAUGCCACAAGGCAUUAUGGCUUAUAAUUUCCCAUCUCAGGCUGGAGUGAGUGGUGGAAUAAACCCAGGAGGCAUGCCAAUGCAACGAAACCUCGCAACCCAAGCUCAUCAACAACAACAGUUGAGAAGGAAAGAUCCGGGAAUGGGCAUGACCGGAUACCCACCGCAGCAAAAAUCGAGACGCAUGUAAGAAAAUUUUUAACUUCUGAUAUGUUAAUUAUCUGGAAUGUAAUUGAGUUCGGCGUUGUAUUCUUUGGAUUUCAGUAUAUUAUUAAACUUGGGAGAUCUAUAAUCUAUUAAUGUGAGCUCUCUGCAUAUUCAAUCUUC